AUGAAGGGGCCAUCAAGAAUCAUGUUUCCGCUUUUAACAAUACACCUUGUUGAUAUUGCAAAGUUCGUUGCUGCUUGUUCAGAUUACGAUGAAGCAAAGCAGAAAGCUCGCCAAAGUACGGACAGUGGCUUGUUCAUAUGCAGAGAAGACAAAUGCAACAGUAAAGAAAAAGCUGCACGGCUUUCAUCAAAACAUGACCAAAGCCAUCAACCUGGGCUCUUUCGUGGGAAGAAAGGUAGGAACAAAAGAAUGAUUAGAAAUUCCCCUGGCGACAAAACCGUGGAGACAGGUGACAAUUCAAAAGCUAAAGAUGGUGUUCAACCAGAUGCGAAAGAUGUCGACCAAUCAAAAGCUAAAGAAGGGUACGUGGAAUACGAAGAGCCAAUAUUGGUAGAAGCAAGGAAAAGAAUGAAAAGAAACGAAACGAUAAAUGCUCAGUUUGUUUCCACAACGGAAUCAGAUGAAUAUGACGAAAGUGAGAGCACCAUGGCCACCAAUAGAAAAAUCCCAGAUGUAAAAGUUGAAUUCGUGGACUACGUGGAAGAGAAUGGGCAGGAAAUUUUGAAAGGACAUUUGUUGCUGCACCUGUUUGGUAUUUUGUUGCCUCAAUUUCAUCUCCUUCAGUGA